AUGCGCCUUUUCCGAUGUCUGGCUUCGCUGGCUGCGAGUACACUCUUUUUUGUUGGGAAAAUUGAUGCCCAUUCACAAUCCAGAAAUCCUCUCAAUUAUCUGUCUUUGAUUGAAAACCCUCGAAUCCAAACCCCUUCACACAGGGUCCACGCCUUUUCAUCUUUCGAUCUCACUUUCGACCUUCACCAGAGUUCACAAAGAAUAAAGCUUUCAUUAGAGCCCAACCAUGAUAUAUUAGGAGAAGACUCCCAUGUUCAAUACUUGGAUAAGGAUGGUAAUGUGCGGCACUCGGAGCCCAUUAGUCGGCACGAGCACAAGGUGUUUCAGGGAAAGGCAUGGUUACUUGGAAAUGAUGGGCACUGGGAAAAUGUCGGAUGGUCGAGGAUCAUGAUCAAAAGGGACGGAGUUCACCCGCUCUUUGAAGGCGCCUUUUCGGUUAUUGGUGAUCACCAUCAUAUACAACUUCAAUCAUCCUACAUGCGUACCAAGCAUGCGCUGGACCCACUGCUGGAAGAUUCAGAUGAUGAGUAUAUGGCCUGUUUUCGCGACUCUGAUGUCGGGCGGCAACCGCAGACCGAGCUCAGACGCAGGGGCAACGAUCGCUCCUGCAUAGCCGACAAGCUUCCAUUCAAUUCCGACCCCAAUCACCCUGUCUUUCAGACCCCGGUGCUCAAGCGGGAUGAGGGCUUUUGGGGCUCUAUGCCAGUCACGUCGCUGCUGGGCAAGCGUCAGAUUGACAGCUCCAUCCCUGGUGGCGGCAACUCAGCUGGAACCAACCUUCGAAGCACCAUUGGAAGCGUUGAGGGCUGUCCUUCAACUCGAAGAGUUGCGCUAGUCGGAGUAGCCACCGAUUGUUCCUACACAGCAUCCUUCAACUCAUCGGAGUCUGUACGUGAAAACGUCAUCUCACAAUUCAACACAGCCUCCGAGCUCUACCAAUCGACCUUCAAUAUCACUCUUGGCCUUCGAAAUCUUACUGUCUCAGACGCUGAAUGCCCAGGCACACCCCCAGCGGCCGCACCAUGGAACAUAGGCUGUCCUUCACAGACCACUAUCGAAGAACGACUGAACCUGUUCUCUGUAUGGAGAGGUCAACGGGGGGAUAACAAUGCUUACUGGACUUUGCUUUCUGGACCCAACUGCAAUACUGGCGCCGAAGUUGGCUUGGCUUGGCUUGGUCAGCUGUGCAAUGCCGGAGUAACAUCAGGACAGGACUCCACUGGAGCCAAUCAGACGGUCACUGGAGCGAAUGUGGUAGUGAGGACCAGUCAGGAAUGGCAGGUCAUCGCCCAUGAGUCGGGCCAUACCUUUGGAGCAGUGCACGAUUGCGAUUCGAGUGCAUGCGCAAACAGCCAGGUCGUCAACGCUCAGCAGUGCUGUCCAGUGUCUAGCAGUGGCUGUGAUGCUGAUGGAGCCUUCAUCAUGGACCCAUCUUCCUCUCCUAAUGUUGGACAAUUCUCCCCUUGCACUGUCGGCAACAUCUGCAGCGCGCUUGGCAGGAAUUCCGUGAAGAGUGACUGUUUGUCAGACAACCGAGGUGUACAGACUAUUAGUGGCAGCCAGUGCGGCAACGGUAUUGUCGAGGAUGGCGAAGACUGUGAUUGCGGAGGUCAGGACGGUUGUGGUGGCAACAACUGCUGCGAUCCCACCACUUGCAGGUUUAGGUCUGGGGCUGUCUGCGACGACAGCAAUGAAGGAUGUUGUCGGAGCUGUCAAUUUGCUGCAGCAGGCACUGUCUGUCGUAGUAGUACUGGCAGUUGCGAUCCAGAAGAGACCUGUUCUGGGGAUGACGGGAACUGCCCAGCGGAUGAAACGGCGGAGGAUGGUACCGGCUGUGGAAACGGCCUCGAAUGUGCAAGUGGUCAAUGUACCAGCCGCGAUCAGCAAUGCAGGACCUUGAUGGCGGCGUACUCGGCCAACAACGACACCUAUGCAUGUAACUCGCGGACCUGCGCAGUCAGCUGUGCAUCACCCGAAUUCGGACCGAAUGUGUGCUACUCGAUGCAGCAAAAUUUCCUUGACGGAACGCCUUGCUCAGGAGGAGGACGUUGCGAUAACGGCGUGUGUUCCGGCAGCUCGGUUGGAGGGGAGAUCACUUCGUGGAUCGAUGACAACCGAGCACUUGUGAUUGGCAUCUGUUCCGCCAUUGGGGGUCUGAUCCUACUUGGACUGCUUGCGUGCUUGUGGAGAUGCUGUCGACGUCCUGCAAAGACGAAAACGAGGAAGUCAAGAAUUAUUGUGCCACCUCAUACAGGCGGAUGGAAUGGUGGCUACCAAACUCCCUAUCAGCCGAUGAACCAAGGAGGAUGGGAAGGAAAUUCGGGCUGGCCCCAAGGUCCACCGAGGACAACCAGCGUCAGAUACGCUUGA